AUGUCUCCCCCCAGUCCUGAGGAUAUCCCCCAGGAGCCAGAGUUCUUGAGUGACAAGAAGAAAAGAAAGUGGCUACAGCAAGAGCCCAUUAUCCAGGCCCUCACCAGGGCUGGCCACCGGGCUCUGAAAGCUGGUCAGAACCACGAGGCCUUGAGCAACUUCCAGAAGGCUUUCCUCCUGGCCUGUGAGGCCCCACGAACCAGAAACACCCCUGUGCUUCGGGCCUGCGCCUUCAACCUGGGGGCUGCCUAUGUGGAGACUGGGGACCCAGCCAGAGGCCUUGAGCUGCUCCUUGGAGCCCAACCUGAGGAGAAGGCACAGAGCACGUGUCAUGGUGACCAGUGUUUCAACGUGGCUUUGGCUUACCAUGCCCUGGGUGACCUGCCCCAAGCCUUGAACUGGUAUCACAAGGCCCUGAGUCAUUACCAGCCACAGGGUGACCAGGGGGAAGCCCAAGCAAAGAUGGGAGCCUGCUACCAAGCCCUGGGACAGCCCGAGAGAGCAGCCCAGUGCCUGAAGGAAGCAAGCCAAGCCUACGCCGAAGCUGGCCGGCCUCGGGCUGCAGCCCUGGCACUGGGGGCUGCGGCGGGGUGUAUGCUCAAGAGUGGGCGGCACGGGGUGGGUGAGGUGGUGCAGGCGCUGGAGGGGAGCCGGAGACUGGCCAAGAGGAGCACCAAGCAGGGGCUGCUGGGACAGCUCUAUAACGAUCUAGGCCUGGGCUACUCCCAGCUCCAGCUGUUCCCUCUGGCCGUGGAGACCUUCCUUCAGGCCCUUUCCCUGUGCCAGAGGCCAGGAGAGCAGGCCACUGUGCUAAGGAACCUGGGGAUGGCCCACAAUGCCCUUGGCAACUAUCAGGAAGCCCGGCAGUUUCACCAGAAGGCUGCUGACCUCCAUGGCUCUUUGGGGCAGCGGUGGGAGCAGGGACGAAGCUUUGGCAGCCUGGCAUUUGCCCUGAGCCAGCUGGGGGACCACAGGGCCGCCAGGGACAACUAUCUGCAUGCCCUGCUGGCUGCCCAGGAUGCUGGGGACACGAAGGGGCAGUGGCAGGCCUACGAGGGUCUUGGGGCUGCUGCAGCCAGACUGGGACAAUAUGACCAGGCUUUGAAGUACUAUAAGGAAGCGCUGAUACAGUGUCAGAAGGAGCCAGAUUCUGUGCGGGAACGGCUGGUGGCCAAGCUGGCAGAUGCCAUGAAGACCCACUUGGCCCAGGUGGGACUGGUCCAGGUUCACCCAUCGAGCUUUCUCUUUCCCACCAUGAUGUUCCUUGGUCCAAGACCCAGGACCCAUCUUCCAUUUGGAGGUUUGGGUGCCCCUAGAGAGUACUCUGGUAUCCUGAUACCCAAUGGCUCCCAAGCCAAUAGGUCAGCCAGGCGGCCCAGGGAAGCCCUCCACAAGAACCCUCAGAGGAGAGUCACCCAGUCUGGCUUCUGCAUAAUCAUGUGACCUGCACCCUGCUCGCUGCAGCCCUCACCUCUGCAGGACUCCUCAACACACACACUUCAUAGACUUCUGGGGACUGAGCCUCUUCCCAAAUCAUUGAACCCUGUAUGGAAAUAGAACAACACAGUCACUGAGUGGAC